AUGGCCGCGGCUGCGACCCCCUCUUCCUCCGCCUCCGCCGCCGCUUCCGAUGCUGCUCCCCCGCCGCCUCCGCCGCCCGCGCCCCAGCCGCCUGCCCCUUAUAUGCCGCCGCGGUUGGUGGUGGACGGCGCGGGGGGUGGCGGCCUCGGCGUCGGCGUCGGGAAGGGGAAGCCAUGCCGGCACCACGCGUACAGCCGCAAGCAGAAGUCGCUCGGCCUCCUCUGCACCAACUUCGUGGCACUGUACGACCGGGAGGACGUGGAGUCGGUGGGGCUGGACGACGCGGCGAGGCGGCUGGGCGUCGAGAGGCGCCGGAUCUACGACAUCGUCAACGUGCUCGAGAGCAUCGGGAUGCUCGUGAGGAGGGCCAAGAAUCGGUAUACAUGGAUUGGCUUCGGCGGAGUCCCUGCGGCGCUCGCGGAACUCAAGGAGAGGGCACUGAGGGGGGUAUCCAGCGCGGCUUCACUAUCACUGGAUGAAACAUCUGCUGCUAAUGUCUCGGAUGAUGAAGAGGAUGACAAGUUAGAUGAUGCCGAUGGGGAUGCGGAUAGCGAGAAGCUCAGCCAGUCCAUCGACACUCAUUCUGAUAAGCCCCCCUGCAAGAUUCGAUCCGAUCAUAGGAAGGAGAAGUCUCUUGGCCUCCUCACUCAGAAUUUCGUUAAGCUCUUCCUCACCAUGGAGAUCGAGACGAUCACACUUGAUGAAUCUGCAAAGCGGCUCCUUGGAGAGGGACAUGCCGAGAGCAAUAUGAGAACCAAAGUUCGGCGGCUGUACGACAUUGCCAAUGUUCUGUCUUCUUUGAAUCUUAUUGAGAAGACACAGCAGUUGGAUUCAAGAAAACCUGCAUUCCGGUGGCUGGGACGGCCAAAACGAAACGAAGGGACUGGUGUCACGGUUGCUUUACCCCCAACUAAGAUUAUGUUGCCUAACAAGAGAGCAUUUGGUACUGAUCUCACUAACAUUGACAAUAAGAGGGGCAAGUUGGAGUCCACAACUGAGAACAAAGGCAAGCUUGCGCAGGAUGGUGGCAAUAUAUUCAAGAAUUUUCAGACGCAAGUCACGCAACCAGGACAAGGGAACAGGAGCGACUUUGUUUAUGGUCCCUUCCACCCUGCUGGUGCAAGGAAACAAGAACAUGAUAACCGCAAUGUACAAGAGAGGGAGAGGAAGAGUAUUCAAGACUGGGAGAACCUUGCUUCUUCAUUCCGUCCGCAGUAUCAAAAUCAAGCACUGAACGAUCUUUUUGGCCACUACGUGGAAGCAUGGAAGUCAUGGUACUCGGAUCUCACGCGAAGCAGAGCGUCGUAAAACUAGAUUUUAGGCUGGUCCGUUGUAAACAGAUUCUUGUGGGCAGAUCAACUCAUUCUGUUGAUGCAUGGUUAGGAGUUGAGUUGUACAAUAUGUCAUAAAACACAAAGGCAGUGCUGGCCUUUGAUUGAUUGUAUUUACUCAAUGCAAGCAACUUAAAGUAGUUUUCGUCAAUAACAGAAUAUACCUUUCUUUAGCAAGUCGGUGCUGCUGUCAACACCAAUGAGAUUGCGA